UGUUAUUUGUAGCUCUUUACUCAGAGGAUCCCACCAGUCAGUCAUGGGUCGUUCUAGGAACCAGAUGUCGACAUGGACACUGUGCGUGUUCUUAUGCAUGAUUGGAGCUAACAUGGCCAAUCCAUAUUACAUGGUGACCAUUCCUGCUGUCCUUGAAGCUGGAGCUCAGACCAAAUUCUGUGCCAGUCUCCUUGAGCCCAAUGAGACUCUGACCAUGACCGUCACUUUGAAGUCAGGAGAAAAAAAUACGACUCUUUACGAGAAGACGUCUAGUGAGGAGUUUCAUGAAUGCAUCCAGUUCCAGGUUCCUUUAGUAAAAAAUGAAGAGGUUCAGAAAUUGGAGGUGCAGGUACAAGGAAACACAUUUUACUCAGAAGAAGUCAGGAAAGUCCUAAUCAAAGCCUACCAACCCAUGACCUUCAUCCAAACAGACAAACCGAUCUACCUCCCUGGACAGACAGUACGUUUCAGAGUGGUCACAAUGGACACAAAGUUUAGACCAGCCAGCCAACUGUAUACCAUCAUCAAACUUGAGGAUCCCAACAACAACAGGAUUGGACAAUGGCUCAAUGAAACAUCCAACAGCAAAAUACUGCAGCUCUCCUACCCCCUAAACUCUGAGGCCCAGGAAGGAUCCUACAAAAUCAUUGUGUCAGCAGGAGAAAAUAAAAUACAGCACAACUUUAAAGUGGAGAAGUAUGUUCUGCCCAAAUUUGAUGUAACAAUAAAUGUAAAAGAAGAAGUUAGUGUUGGGCAGGAAGUAAUUGAAGCUAAAGUGUGUGGAAAGUACACAUACGGACAGCCUGUGCCAGGAAAUGUUACCGUGAAAGCGUGCCGACCUUUUGUUGAUUACAUUUCCAAGAGUCAGAGGAAAGAAACUCCUUGUGACAUUCAGACACAGAAGGCAGACAAAACAGGAUGUAGUACUUUUGAAUUCCAAAUGUCAAUUUUCACAAGAGGCGAUCAAAUAGAUUUACAAGAUAAACUUGAUGUCACUGCCACAGUGGAAGAGGAAGGAACAGGUACAUCACUCUCACAAGUGAAGCAAAUUCAAAUCUCAUAUGUUAUUGGAAAACUGUCUUUUGUUGAUGUCCCAAAUGUUUAUGAUCAAGGCUCAGUGGUGGAGGGAAAGGUCAAAGCUGUUCACUACAAUGACACACCCAUGUCACACCAGUCUUUGUACCUGUUUAAAGAUUAUAAUUGGCCUCCACACGUUCUUCAGAAACUCACAACUGACGUCCAUGGUUUUGCCUCAUUCUCUCUCAGAACUGAUGCAUUAACAGAAGAUAUUUUUCUUCGUGUUAGCCCCUUACCAUCACUAUCCUACUCUACAUAUAAAGUUCCUCAUAUUCCGAUAGCAUCUCACACUAUUACAAAGUCUCAACCUCCAUCUGUUACAACAACCAGCUCCCUGAAUAUAAAAAACAAGACAAUACUUCCCUGUGACAAAGAAACAGAGAUCUUUAUUGAGUACACUUUGGUGCAGGAAUCUCCAGACUCUGUGGAUUUCAUUUACCUGGUUUUAUCCAGAGGAGCUAUUGCUAGUCAAGGACGAAUACUGGUUGAGGUGGAAAAUAAAUCAGUGAAUGAAGGUGAGGUGUCCUUUAAGCUCAACGUGUCUCCAGACUUGGCUCCAGAAGUCCAGAUUAUGGUUUACGCUGUCCUACCCAGCAAGAAGGUGAUCAGUCAAAGUACUGACUUCUCCACUGAGAAAUGCUUUAACCAUAAGGUCUCUCUGGAGUUUUCUUCAUCAUCAGCUGUUCCAGGAGAGGAGACCAACCUGCAGCUGACGGCUCAGCCUGACUCUCUAUGCGGUGUCAGUGCCAUCGAUCAGAGUGUCCUCAUCAAGGAGCCUGGAAAGACUCUGGAUGCAGAGAAGAUAUUUAGUUUGCUGCCUGUCAGAAAAGUAUCAGAAAUACCAUCUGAGGUUGUGGAACCUAUGGAUUGUUUACUAGAUAUGAAGAAAUUGGGACUGAAGAUGGCAACAAACAUGUUUACUGGAUUGUUACAAUGUUCUAAAAUUUUGUCUACUAUGUCAAGUGUAUAUGACUAUGGGGUGCCAGCCAUGGCAUAUUAUGAACUGUUCUACUCCGAGAAAGUAGAAGACAUUGUACAAGAUUCAGAAGGUGAAGCAGAAGAGAUCUUAGAACCCAUAAAGACAGUUCGCACCUUUUUUCCUGAAACUUGGAUAUGGGACUUGGUGGAAACUGGAUCUUCUGGAACCAAGAAUGUGUCCCUCACUGUCCCAGACACCAUCACCACCUGGGAG